CUCCCCGGGCGCGCUCGGGCCGCCGCAGCGCUCCCCGCCCUCGAGCCUCGUCGCAGGAGCCGCCCGCCGCCCGAGGAGGAGGAGGUGGAGGGAGCCGGAGGGGCCCGCCGAGGCGGCGGCGGCGGCGGCAAGAUGGCGGACUUCCUGCCGUCGCGGUCCGUGCUGUCCGUGUGCUUCCCCGGCUGCGUGCUGACGAGCGGCGAGGCCGAGCAGCAGCGCAAGUCCAAGGAGAUCGACAAAUGCCUGUCCCGGGAGAAGACCUACGUGAAGCGGCUCGUGAAGAUCCUGCUGCUGGGCGCGGGCGAGAGCGGCAAGUCCACCUUCCUGAAGCAGAUGCGGAUCAUCCACGGGCAGGACUUCGACCAGCGCGCGCGCGAGGAGUUCCGCCCCACCAUCUACAGCAACGUGAUUAAAGGUAUGAGGGUGCUGGUAGAUGCCCGAGAGAAGCUGCAUAUUCCGUGGGGAGAUAACUUGAACCAAGCCAAUGGAGACAAGAUGAUGGCGUUUGACACGCGGUCCCCCAUGGCGGCCCAGGGAAUGGUGGAAACUCGAGUGUUUUUACAAUAUCUCCCCGUUAUACGAGCGUUAUGGGCAGACAGUGGCAUACAGAAUGCCUAUGACCGGCGUCGAGAAUUUCAACUGGGUGAAUCUGUAAAAUAUUUCCUGGAUAACUUGGAUAAACUUGGAGAAGCAGACUACGUCCCGUCACAGCAAGACAUCCUGCUUGCCAGGAGGCCCACCAAAGGCAUUCACGAGUACGACUUUGAGAUUAAAAAUGUCCCUUUCAAAAUGGUUGAUGUAGGCGGUCAGAGGUCAGAGAGAAAGCGAUGGUUCGAGUGCUUUGACAGCGUGACAUCUAUACUUUUCCUCGUGUCCUCGAGUGAAUUUGACCAGGUGCUUAUGGAAGAUCGACUGACCAAUCGCCUGACAGAAUCUCUGAACAUUUUCGAAACGAUCGUCAAUAACCGGGUUUUCAGCAACGUCUCCAUAAUCCUCUUCUUAAACAAGACAGAUUUGCUUGAGGAGAAAGUGCAAAUUGUGAGCAUCAAAGACUAUUUCUUAGAAUUUGAAGGGGACCCCCACUGCUUAAGAGACGUCCAAAAAUUCCUGGUGGAAUGUUUCCGGAACAAGCGGCGGGACCAGCAGCAGAAGCCCCUGUACCACCACUUCACCACCGCCAUCAACACGGAGAACAUCCGCCUGGUCUUCCGCGACGUCAAGGAUACCAUUCUUCACGACAACCUCAAGCAGCUCAUGCUGCAGUGACGCACGGGAGACUGUGACCGCUUUCGUACCCUCUGUCCUUUCGAUUGUUCUCUGUGCGUUUUGUUUUUUAACACAGCAGUUUACAGCAGGAAUUAGAAACGUCUCGAUUCUAAGUUUAACUUCUUGGAAACCUUAGUCGUCCUCCCUGUGGACCUCGGUGUGUGGCGGAGAGCUGCCCACAGCGCCUGCCCAUCCCUGUUGAAGUGCAGCCUCUGAUCUGUUUCCCUGCGGCCUCCACGUGACGGGGGUAGCUUCUGGCCGAGCCUCUGACUAGGUACCGCUCAGGCUUUCGCUUCUUGCCGAAUUCUCCCAUAGUGCCAAGUAGAGAAGGUGCCCUUGACUGUGUAUCGGGAUGAGGUUAAGAAUAUUCGAUUCUCAAACAAACAAGACCCCUUUUGAUCUGCCCCGCCCGCAGCAGCGACCUGCUUUGCAGGGCUGCCAUCGGGAAAAAGUUUGAUCUAAGGACUGGCAUUCUGUAGAUGUGCACACAUUUAGCCUUCGUGUUUUUUUUUUCUUAAUUGCUUAUAUAACCAGCAGUUGUCUCGUUUUAAAAUUUCUGUGGUUUCUCAAGGUAAUGUUCUUAGUGUCUUAAAGUUUACAUAAGGAUUCCUGGUCUGAUGCUAACGAAAGUUCACGCAUGGUACGGGGCAGGGGGCAGAGAGCAAGCAAAAUGCCUUACUUAGUGUUUUGAUCCAAAGCAGUGAGUGAAAUAUAACUUGCUUUUUUCUUCAUAUUUAAAUAUUGUGUCAUGAAUGUGCCGUAUGUAAAACGUUUUGGCCAAGCAGCAACUGAAAAUGGCAGAUGGCUUGAUAAGGGAGCUUUCUAGAGAAACCUGGCCUCUCCGGGAUGUUCUGUGCUUUUACCUCUCAGACUUUGACCUCCUGUCCCAAGAUUUGGGUCCUCCCUGCAGGCAAGCACUGUGGAGACUGUCACAGACACAUUUCCUUUCCUCCUAUCUGUUCCCAUCCACUCCAGACGGGCAUUUAUGGGAGGUUGUGUUUCCUCGGGGGUUACCAAGGGCAGGAUUUUCGGGUCCCGCUACUCGAGAAGGCGCUGAGAUUCCAGCUCAUUCUCGGUGGCUCUCCGAGAGGUGCAGCACGCACGUGCUUGUAUCAUUAUUGCUCAUGAGCUUCAAGCUUUACCGAGGUACAUUUGGAAUGUUUUAGGGCUACUUGUAAGAAUACAUAGCCAUUUUUUUGUUCACAUUAGACCCCUCCUCGCCCCUAAAUGACAUGCAGCGCACCCCUGAAGCGGCUGUGUGAUGACAGGCUCGUCGGCCUGGCUGGCGUGCAGUCCAGAGGGCCCUGCCGGUAGCUUGGGUGCUGCUCGAGCGGGACUAGAGAGGCAGGUGUCGAGGCUGGUGGCCGUUGGGAAAGUCCAAGGGCUUUUCUCCUUUUCCUGGAAAUUGUUGUUUCAGACUGUGAUCUCUGUCACGUUACUGUAGAGCUGUGUUCUCAGGUAUUCUGUUGGCUAGAAGGUCCUGGAAAGGUGGGUCGGCGUGACGGAUCACGCAGCCUUUCCAGGACCGCGGUUCUCGGUCCGUCCGCUGCCUGGUGUGAGAGCGGGGCUUUCCAGGGAGCGGACCGGGGGUGGUUCAUUCCGCUCCUGACCGCUCCUGCAUCUCCACUGCCGCUUUAUCCAGACUAGCCUCAGUGCUUCUGUGCCUCGGUGCGCCACGAGCCACAGACGCAGCCCUGGGUCACAGCGUGAGGGGCCGUAGCAUGUAGUCACGCACGUGUGAGUCGUUCUACAGCCAGUGCUUCUUGCCAAAAAGAAGAUAGUGUCUCAGUUCACAGAAUUCAGUUUCAGUGCUCGUGAGUAUCUGAGUGUGUGCACGAUCACAUUGGGACUUUCUGCUGGAGUCUGUGGGCGGAUGUUGCAGACCGUCCACUUGAUGGCCAAGACCAUUUAACUCUAGUGAAGGCUGAAGUUAAGUUCCUAUAAAAGAGGAAACUCAGUGUUGUUUAAGUUCUGUUGAAGAGGCGCACGCGGACCAUGCCUGUUGCCCGACGAAGCGGCAGUGCCCCCCCCUUACCCCAUGCUGACUGCCCCCAGGCAGUGUCAGAACAUCACCUAGAUAAUGGUAUUAUGUUGUGCGUGUGUGAUGUCUCUUUCCCAAUAAGCCGCCUCCAAUGUCUCCACAUUCUUUUAAAGUACAGUCUAGGCCACUUCCCGAGGCAGCGGAUUUCUUGUGUUUAACGGCAGGCUCGUUAGACAGUGGUCGGAAGGCUUUAGGUCAGCUUCUCAAAAACCGUCCGAAGGAGUCUCACACGUGUAUCAUGAAAACUAGGUCCUUUAGAAACACCACUGUGUGAAGACGGAGGUGAUGAAAGUUAGUAGCAGACUGCAAGGGAGCUCGUGGCUUUCACCCAGCCAGUUUCUCCUCAGAGUAGCAUCCAGUUUUUCUGGUGUGUUGGCUUUUGAAAGUCUUAACGGUUGUGAUUUGGAAUAAAAUGUGCCUAAUCCCCUAUUACAUUGUGUUCUUUGAAUCUGAAUGUCUUUCUCAUUUAAUUCUUAAAAAUGUCAUACAAGUGUCCUCAUUGGCCUUGAAGAAAUAUAGGGCUUACAGAGUUGCCUUAUAAAUCAAAGACCACCACACAUUUGAGCCUUGAUUUUUACAGGGGAAAGGUUUCUGCCAGAUGUUUUCUAAGAGCCACAUAAUGUAAGGUUUGCCCCCACCACUUAAAAAUUAUUUUCUCGUGGCCCGAGUCGUUGCUUUCUGCCAAAGAGUGUACGAAUUCGAAGUGUUCACGUGAGUGUUACCGCCUGGAAGAGCACUUUGGUUAGAGAGCAACCACAGCCGAAGGUGACGUGGAAUUUAGAUCGGCCCUGUUUGUUCUGUUCUCUUUGAAGCCGCCCUGUCGGGUGUUUCACACAGUGGAGGUCCUCUGGUUGAUCUCUCUCAAGCUCAGGUGGAGGUGUCUAGGGAAAUCCUCUCUCACGAGCUGGCGGUGGCUGGUUUAAAGCAGAAGGAAGUAAGAGCCCAUGGGUACCGGAAGUGAUUCGGAGCGUCAGCUCGGAUGUAACAGGAGUUAUGCUCCUGGCCUUCUUUUCUUUUCUCUUCCCUUUUCCUUUUUUCUUUUCUUUUCUUUUCUUUUCUUUUCUUUUCUUUUCUUUUCUUUUCUUUUCUUUUCUUUUCUUUUCUUUUCUUUUCUUUUCAAGGGAGGAUGAGGAAAUCAUAACUUCCGGUGUAGCCCCAAAUAUUUGUAUUUAUGCUUUUGAUGAGAUGUAUUUUCAACAUUAGUCCCCGUAACCGGUUAUGCCUUAAUUUAUGUGAAAUAGAAAGUUACCAAGUUCUGUUCUGGUCUGAGAUCCCAGUCACUCUUUGAGGAGGCCUCAAAUUGGUGCUUUCAUUAUGUGAUGAUACAUUGAGACAAAACCCCAAACCAAGCCAUUUGAAACAAGGUUCUCUCCACUGCAGUUUGUAGCAGUGUCAUUUCUGUGUAUGUAAUAAGAAGGCUAUCAGUGUUAACUUUGAAUUUCCUGUUCGAAUCCAUGAAAUCAUGUCUGUAAAGCUCAAACAUUUGUAACAAACUCCCCCAAUAAAUCUAGAGAAAGACGCUCUGCUAACCUUUUUUAGUGCCUUUAAUUUUAUUUAAGGAAUCCAGAGCAGAACUUUGCCUGUGUCUUUUUCAGUUCAAGGUGUGAUGUGGCCCAGGGCUCACUUUGUGUCGCUUCCCUGUCAUUUCACCGCGUGGUUCCGUUGUGCUGCCGCCUCGACACGGACUGAUUUUCCUUUCUUGACAGGACCCAGGCUGGCCUCCCGGCGAACACGAGGAAGUGGGGCAUGGACGAGAUCAGGGGCCAGGGGGCGUGAGGCUCCACAUUCCAAAUACGGCAAACGGUAGAAUACACACCCAUUAUUUCAUGGUACGAGGUUAGGGCUUAAUGAAUUUAUCCUAGAGGGUGAGGUGUAAGUCUAAACCUGAACACUUGAAGCAGGUUGGAGUUUUUGGCUUUUUCAAGUACCAUCGAGGCAAUGUUAGCCUUAGGCCGGUAAGGGAUUACUAACAUCAUGUGAGGUACAGUGUUUGUACCAGUAUCAUUCUUGUGUCUUUACUUGAACAUGUCGUUAGCAUCGAAGCAAAUGGGUGCAUUCUUGUGGCAUCCAGGUCUAAACCAUCUGACCUCGAAUGCCAGAGCUCAGAGGGAACCAAAAGAGUUAAGGAUUGGGCAGUAUUUACUGGGGUGAUGGGAGGUUUGGGAAAUCUGUCCAAAUCUGCUGUCGAUAAUGAUAAAAAUUUCCAGAUGGAUGGAAGUAUUCACGGGCCCACCAUGCAUAAACUUCCAGUGUGCGGAUGUCAUGAUAGAAGUAUGCUCCUUACUUGGUAUCUGACUUGGGUUCAUAUUUAGAAAGCUCGUACAUGAUGUUUCUUGCCAUAAGUGAUAUAUUUGUCCUCAGUUAAUGCCUAUUUGAUGGGACCAAGGGGGAAACACAGGGAGGAGGAAGGACUUAAUUCUUGGAAAGUAUGUGUAACAAUGCAAUCACCUAUACCAUUUACCCUCUCUUUAUCUCUUACUUGAAGGCAGAAUGGCAAAAUGUUCUAAAUGGCUUUUCUGUACUACUCUCUGGUGAUGAGCGCUCAUUGACCACAAGAAGCCUUAUCAAAAAGUAUAUUUUGUAACAACCUCACGGAUCCUGUACCCAACAAAAACAUGAUUUGUAUUAAUUAGCUUUGUAUAAAAGUAUUUGUGGCUUAGGAUUUUUUAUACAUAUGAUAUCUUUUUAUAACUUUCCAGGAACUAAUAAGCACGUUAUCUGAUACUGUUGUAAAUUUUUUUUUCUGUCAGUGCUUUAGUUCAAGGAUUGGCAAUAAAUUAUUUCUACAGGAGGUCUGAAAGUGGAAAGAAUGAUUUGAUUUUAUAAAGUAAGUUGCUAGUCAUUAGGGCUUUUUUUGUACAUGUUUUGCAAAAACUCCGCCUCUUGCUAUUAAUAUGUAAAAAUUACUGACACUUAAUAAACAUUUAUAAACCAUUCAA